GCAGCCAGACAGUUUACGGUUGUUGCACCACACAAGGUGGUUGGGUAGAAUUAAAAUGACAUGUCUGGGGUUCCUUGUCCUUUUGGCAGCGUUAUCGGGUGUCAGCUCCCAGAUCCAGCUGACCCAGUCUGGAGCAGAAAUCAAGAAGCCUGGAGAGUCUGUGAAGGUGACGUGUAAAACCUCCGGCUACACCUUUACCAGCUAUUACAUUAACUGGGUACGGCAGGCACCCGGGAAAGGACUGGAGUAGAUCGGAUAUAUCUAUCCCGGUAGCGGUAGCACUGACUAUGCCCAGGCCUUCCAGGGGCACUUCACCAUCACCAGGGACACCUCCAUAAGCACGGCCUAUCUACAGCUGGGCAGCCUGAGAACCGAUGACACAGCCACGUAUUACUGUGCUAGGCACACAGUGACACAAACCACAUCUACAGCCAUUCAAAAACCCUCAGUGUCCGGUGUGAUGUGGAGCUGGUGGAGUCUGGUGGACGACUCAAAAAAACCAGGAGAGUCCCUAAAACUCUCCUGCAAAGCCUCUGGGUUCACUUUCAGCAGCUCCUGGAUGAGCUGGGUGCGUCAGGCUCCCGGGAAAGGGCUGCAGUGGGUAGCCUUGAUUAGGUCUGAUUCAGGAGAAAUCUACUAUACAGACUGGGUCAAAGAGCGAUUCACCAUCUCCAGGGACAAUCCCAACAACCUGCUGUAUCUGCAAAUGACCGGCCUGAAGACUGAAGACACUGCCUUGUAUUACUGUGCGAGAGGCACAGUGAGAAGAAAUCCACUCACAGACAUGCAAUAA